GUCCCUCAAUUAACUGCACUCGCACGCAAUAUUUUGCAUACAAAACAAAUAAACAAACUAGGACCAACGUGGGUGUUGGACUUUUUUUAUUACUACUACUUCAUUAUUUCCUUCUUAGAGUCAGUAGUGAUCAUCCUAGAUCUACUCAUCUCUAUUAUUUCUCCAAUUCCUCCUCCUCUUCCUUCUCAAGAAUUUAUUACAUCAAUUAACAAUGUCGUCGACGCAUCAUGUUAAGACAGAUUCAGAGGUGACGAGUUUAGCCCCGUCAUCUCCGAAUCGGCCCGUUUACUACGUCCAGAGCCCGUCAAGAGAUUCGCAUGAUGGGGAAAAGACUACCAAUUCGUUCCAUUCAACUCCCAUAUUAAGCCCGAUGGGCUCACCGGGCCGACAAUCUCGUGACUCCUCUUCCACCCGUUAUUCGGGCUCGCUCAAGCCCGGUUCGACGAAGUCGAGCAAUGGGUCUAGAAGUAACAGUGGCAGACACCAUAAUCAUCGUCCUCGGAAGGGAGAUAAGCAGCAAUGGAAAGAAUUUGAUGCUAUAGAAGAAGAAGGACUACUUGAUGACGAUGCUUAUAGUAAGGGUGUCCCUCGCCGCUGUUAUUUCUUGGCUUUUGUUGUUGGAUUCUUCUUGCUAUUCACUUUCUUUUCUUUGAUCUUGUGGGGGGCCAGCAGAAAUCAGAAACCUGUCGUUACCAUGAAGAGUAUUUCAUAUAAUGAAUUUGGGGUUCAAGCGGGCAUGGAUUUCUCGGGAGUUGCAACAGAGAUGGUAUCAAUGAACUCUACAGUGAAGCUGAUAUUUCGUAAUACAGGCACAUUCUUUGGGGUGCAUGUAACUUCUACGCCUCUCGUUCUUUCCUUUUCACAACUCACUGUUGCUACUGGAACUAUAAAGAAGUUUUACCAAGGAAGAAAAAGUCAGAGAACAGUAUCGGUGAGUUUGAUAGGAAGUAAAAUUCCAUUGUAUGGAGGAGGAAUAGACUUGAUGAGCAAGGAGGGUAAACCAACAGCACCAGUUUCGUUGACCUUAGAUUUCAAGGUUCGAGCCAGGGCUUAUGUUUUGGGAAGAGUGGUGAAGCCCAAAUUCUACAAGAGGGUUCAAUGCUCCGUUGUAAUGAGCCCUAAGAAAAUGAACGUUCCAAUUUCGUUGACGAAAUCCUGCACCUACGACGUAUAAAUUAUUAAUCAACAAAAACAACUUGAGAAAAUUAUAUAGGCAAGUGCUUGCUAGCUGCCAAGUUUUUAUUAUUUUUCAAAUGUUUAAAUUAUUAAAUUAUAGAGGAAAAUGAGGUGUUGCUGCCAGGUAAUUUGUCGCUUAUGAUUGUGGUAUUGAGUGAAUUAUAAUAUAAAUGCCCGUUGAGGAAAAUCAUAAACCUAGAAACUGAUGUAUUUAUAUUUUUUUAUAUUUUUACAUGUUUUGGUUAAUUCAAAUGA